UAUUUAUUUAGAUCUUUUGCGACGCAAAUUGUUAUCAGAUUAAAAUUCAUCCGACUGAUAGUCAGUAAAUUGCUUUUUAAAUUAUCAAACCCAUGAAUACAAUAAAAAUAAAAGCUUACUGCUGUUAAACUAACUAUUCGUUUCCGUUUUGCGAAAGCAAAUAGAACGUGUUAUAUGUUAUCGAUCAAUAUCGUUACCGUUAACUUUUAUGUUAGCUUUUCCAUAUGCUGGAACUCGUAAAAUAUAAAAACAGUCACACUCUUGUCAUAGAACUUACAAGUUGUCAAGUUUAACAUUUUUAUUGUGCAAAAUGUUCCAUAAAAAUUACAAAUCUAAUAAUUUAAACGAGUCGUUGAUGCCGAUUUUGAUCUUCAACUUGAUAUUUGGGCACCAAAUUAUGCGGUACACGAUGGAUGGUUGCAAAUUCAUACAGACAGUUUUUUAUUUUAUUCUCGUAAUUAUUAUUUAUGGCGUAUCUAUGGGAUAUUCAACAAUAGCUAUUGUCACUGCGGAAUGGUUUAAAUAUUCGGAAAGUGUAUACUUUGCAGCUCUUGGUACUAAUAUUUUAAUAAUGCCUGUUAAUUUAAUUCUUGGCUGGGUCUAUAGGAAUGAAUUACUUUUAAUUAAUAUAAGAAGUCUGAAUGUCGAUAAGAAGCUCGUGAGAAUGGGAGUAAUUUUACACGAAAAAAAAACAUGCAAUUUUGCAACCAAAGUUGUCAUUUACUGGUUAGUCUGUUCUGUGACAAUUAAUACCGUUGCAAUGCUAUGGACUAUGAAAGCUAUGAGCUGGCAUCAAAAUUUUUUAACGGUUUAUUCUCUUCAAAACCCGCUCCAUGUUAAUUUUUUGGUGGAUUUGCUUUUUUGUUCACUGAUCCGAAAUAUGGAAAUAAGGUUCAAGAAAAUUAACGAAGAGCUUAUCAAACUUGAAUACUAUUUGCAUGUCACAAACAUUCGAGUUGAUGAUAACAAGCCGGUUUAUAUUCUUCAAUUAUCCAAAGAAAUUCAUUUGGAGUUAGAACAGCUAUGCGGUAAAAUAACGCGAGUAUUCGGGCUGCAAUUAAUAACGUCAAUGGCUUCUUUGUUUUUUUUAUUGACUACGAUGACUUAUAAUUUAUAUGUAACACUUCUUGCUCGUGAUGUCCCAGAUUGGGCUUUAAGAAUUUGUAUUAUCACAUGCUGGAUUGUAAUACAAUGUUCGAAAUUAUUGUUCAUCAAUCACAUUUGCUCCAGAACAGUAAAUGAGUGGAAAAAAACCGGAGUGAUAAUUCACCAAUUAGAACUAAAGUUUGCAAAUGCCGAAAUUUGUAAAACGAUUCAACAGCUUUCGAUACAAAUGAUACAAAAUCCAUUACAAAUUUACCCCUUAGGAUUUAUACAACUUGGACAUUCAUUUCUGCAAGGGUUUUUCGGAACACUUGCUACGUACCUGAUUAUUUCUAUCCAAAUGGCUCCUAUUGAUCGAUAAUCGUCAUCAAAAUAAAAUCUUAAAACUGAGAUUUUUUGGAAAUUUCAGAAAGUAUUGUAAAAAAAUUUAUAAAGUUUCA